AUGGGUCUCAUUGGCAAAAAUAACGAGAAGACCGGCUCUGAUUAUGUUGAACAUGUCGAUCUGCAGCAGAACUCGCUUGAUAAUCUCGACACCAUCGAAGACACCAAGACUGGCAAGUUCGCAUGGCUCGUUUCCAUCACAGCAGCGAUUGGUGGUAUGCUGUUCGGAUACGACACGGGUAUCAUAAGGUCAGUGAGAGGCACGCAAAAGACUCUUCCGCUCAGCAACUCACGCUUCCACAGCGCCGUCCUAGUAUACAUUGGGAAAUCUCUGGACCACAAAGUCUUGACUUCAGGCGAAAAGGAACUCAUCACAUCUAUCACAUCGGGUGGAGCCUUCUUUGGUGCUAUAUUCGCUGGUCUAACGGCUGACAAGUAUGGACGCAAGCCAGCCAUCUAUGUUGGGUGUGUUCUGUUCAUCAUCGGAGCGAUCUUACAGGCUGCAUCGUUCGGUCUUGCUCAAAUGACAGUGGGUCGCCUUGUUGUAGGAUUUGGUGUUGGAAGUGCAGCUAUGAUUGGUAUGUCUAGCCCUCGUUGCCCAAGAUCAUAUCAUCUGAUCAAAACNAUAGUGCCCAUGUAUAUCGCGGAGGUGUCACCAGCCAAAUACAGAGGCCGGAUGAUUGGUUUAGACAACAUGUCGAUCACUGGCGGUCAGCUUAUCUCGUAUGGUAUCGGUGCUGCGUUCGCUAGCACGCAUGGAGGUUGGCGAUAUAUGGUGGGAGGCGGCGCAAUUCCCGCGAUUGUGCUAUGUGCCCUCCUACCGUUCUGUCCCGAGUCUCCCCGCCAACUCCUCUAUCACGGCAAAGAAGAUGAGCCUAAGACUGUCAUUCGCAAGAUCUACCCUAAUGGAACCGAAGAACAGGUCAACCAGAAAUGCGAACACAUCAGAAUACACAUCGAGAUUUCCAAGCAGAUGACUGCGGGCAAGAGUCAAUGGUGGGUGUUCAAGCAACUCUAUGUUGUGCCAGCAAACUUCCGCGCCUUGGUCUCGGCAUGCGGUCUUAUGGCCAUCUCUCAGCUCGGUGGUUUCAACUCUUUGAUGUAUUAUUCUUCAACGCUUUUCGCACUUGUUGGCUUCUCUAACCCAGUUGCUGUGGGUACUGUCAUUGCUGGGACCAACUUCUUCUUUACUUGGGUCAAUCUUAUGCUUGUCGAUCGUGUCGGACGUCGCCGAAUCCUUCUUCUCACCAUGCCAUUCAUGGGUCUGGCUCUCAUCCUUGCUGCCAUCGCUUUUCACUGGAUUCCGGUCAACCACGACUUGACUCUGAAGGCUGGUGUCAGUGUCGGCAUUCCAGCGAAGUUGGUUCUCGUCUGCAUGGUUAUCUAUGUUGGCUUUUACUCCUCCGGUAUGGGAAACACCGCAUGGCUUAGCUCCGAGUUCUUCCCAAUGGAGAUCCGAGCCAUGGGAACGAUGAUGUUAACCAUGACGUGCUGGAGCUCCAAUGUCAUCGUGGCCAGUACGUUCCUUACCCAGAUGGAGAAUACCACGCCUUCCGGCGCCUUUGGAUUCUACGCCGCGAUCUGCAUUCUGGGCUGUUUUCCAUGCGUUUACUUUUGCUACCCAGAGGUCAAAGGUAUGACUCUAGAAGACAUUAGAGAGAUCUUCUCUCAUGGAUUUGGCGUCCAGAAGGCGCGAGAGCUGCAAAAGGCGCAAGAGCAAGUCUCUAGCUAUAGAACAGAUGAGAAUGAGUUGGUCUAG